AUGUUCAUCGAUCGAGCACUGGUGUGGUGGGAUAAUAUGUUCGAAUCUCUUGACCCAAUUACUCAAGAGAAUAUGAAGUGGAAAGAGUUUCGAACUUUGUUCUUUGAGCAAUACUGCCCAGCUGACCUUCAAAAGCGCCUUGAGAAAGAAUUUUUGGACCUAAAGCAGGGAAGUAUGACCGUGAUUGAUUACGAGACUGAGUUUAACCGAAAGGCACGGUUUGCCCAACGGUUUUUGACUUCUGACCAAGACAAGAUUGAUCAUUUCGUCGAUGGGCUACGACGAGAAAUCCGUGAUUUUGUUGCAAACCGUGAUAUUUCGAGUUUUGGUAAAGCUGUUGAAUAUGCUCGACGCCGCGAACAUGAUCUGACGAUACCCGAUGAUACCGUUUCCACACCAAAACGGCAAAGAACUGACAGGACUUUUUCGGCGCCGUCACAUAAACCAUCACGACUAUUUACACCGAAACGGGCGCAGACUCAGAACAAUCCACGUGCUUCUUCUCAAGUCUAUACGUUACGAUCGAGCACACCAAAGGACUGUCAGAGGUGCGGAAAGACACACCAAGGCCGGUGUGAUUCGGAUAGACCUGUUGUUAAAUGUUUUUGUUGCGGUGAAGCGGGUCAUGUUAGGACGAACUGUCCCCAGAGAGAUCUUGCAUGCUUUUCCUGCGGAGUGUUAGGGCACCAUAGGAAAGAAUGUCCCCGUAUAAAAAGGGUUGAAAGCAAAGCCUCGGUACAACAACCAGCGAGAAGGGGUACUUCAACCGAAAAGGAGGAUGUGCCCAGGGCACGAGCAAGGGCUUUUCAAAUCACAACGGAGGAGGCAUUGAAGGAACCGGAUGUCGUAGCAGGUAUUUUCCCUCUCAAUAAUAGACCCGCAUGCGUUUUAUUUGACUCGGGAGCCACGAAUUCUUAUGUGUCACUGUAUUAUACUCAGUACCUUAAUUCUGGUGCCGGUCAUGCUUGA